CUACAUACUGCUAAUGGCGAAAGAAGAAACGACAAGGAUGAUGAUAAAACCCAUUUAUCAUUAAUUCCUGAUUCAAAAUUAAUCAAUAAAAAAAUGAACAAAGAGAUACUUGUGAUUGAAAAAGCAAAAAAACUUAUGUAG